AUGGCGUCUGCAUUCAUCGGAUUGACUGUCCUAGUGACGCUCCGUCACCCACCUAACACCUCAGUCCAGGGCGUUGUUGCCAAUGUCAUUCCGGAGACCGCUACAUUACUCCUGCAGAAUGCAUUCUACACCGCGAACGGCUACUAUCCUCCAGGUGGAAUUAGGGUUGAGGGCACGCAGAUUGCGGAUUUGGAAGUCAAGAGUGGUCAACCCGAACCGUCUGUGCCAGCGCAUGCACAUGUCCAUCCGCCUUUACAGCAAGACCAAGGCAGUCUGCCGUCCUUACACCCACUUGCAAACGUUCCCAACCGUACGUCUUCCGUGCCAGCUGCUGCGGCGAGCGUUGGAGUACCGCAACAACGGCAAGCUUUCGUGGACCCAGCAAUCCUCAGCUAUGGGAAGCGACCCACAGGUACACCGGCCAAAGCAGUCAAUGAUGUUGUCACACAAGCGAUACCUAGGCCUCAAGAAGCGCCCGCGACGCCCGUCAAACACUUAGCGGCUGCCGCGGCUGCUGCCCUACCCUCAAACACCUCGCCUUUCGUGGGCGAAGCGCGGAGACCAUCGCAAGUCAGGUCAGCUGAAAAACGACGAGGCGAUGCAGCCGCGACGCUCACAGCUCCGUUCUCUGGAAUGGACCUUGGCCCAGCUGAUGAGGUGCUGGAUGACACAGACGAACCUACAGUCAUUGGCGGUUCUGUACGACGAGCGAGCUUGACUAAGACGAGAUCUGGACUGCCGAUGGACAUGUCGUCGAAGCCCGGGGAUACAAUGAAACGCACAAGGCGCGGUGGCAAGGGCAAGAGGAGGGGUUCUCAGCAUGGCGCCUUUCCUGGUGGAAAUGACGCUGAAGCUCUCGAGUCAUCGCCUGAAGUCGCUCGCAAGGCGGGCCCUAAUGGAAACCUGCGCGGAAAAGGCUGGCGACAGACACCGAUACUGCAAGAUGAACCAACCAUGUCGCCGCGCACGCCCGGAGUGAUCGGUGGCCGCAUUGGUCGCGAGGCUGUCACGAGCUCGAACCGUAAGACCCGCCGUCAACAGGCUGUGGAGGCGACGAACGGCUGGGCCACUGAAGACGCGACUGAUGUUCAAGAACUGCCAGAGUUCGACUUCGAGGCCAACUUGUCAAAAUUUGACAAGCGGACUGUGUUCAACCAGAUCAGGAACGAAGACACUACUGCGGAUGAGGAUCGACUGGUAAGUCACAACAGACUACCGCCGGCGAGACCUGGUACGUAUGGCGGCAAGAACCUCCAUCCUACAGAGAAUGUCCUAGACAAACCCACCCCUCGGGGCCGAAGCGACGACUUCACCUCUACCGAAGAAGACGACUCCGACUUCGACAGCGGCAGAGUAUCCCGACGGUCCGCCUCCCGCGCCUCCAUGAAGCGCCCACCCUACCGCUCCGGCAGCGGCGUUCAGGAUGAGCCUCUCCCUCCCGUCCCCACCUCUGGCUCCUUCUCCGGCAGCCUUCCCACCGCCCUCCUAAACCGCAGCAACCGCACCCUAACCCGAACCGUCUACUCCCCAUCCCACCUGUCCAACAGCCCCAAGCCUUCCGCCCACCGCCCCACCCCGCCAAUGUCCCCCUCGCUCCUCUCCCAGCCCGCCACAGGGCACGCAACCCUGCGUCUUGCCUCCACCGACCGCAUCUGCAACACCAUCACGCCGGGCGGCAUGCAAGCCGUCGAAGAAGCCGCGGAGAUCGAAUACGGGCUCACCGAAGACAUCAUGGCCGAAAACAGCGCGCGCGGGAUCGCAGAGGUCGCACUCUCCGCCAUCAACCCCGGCGGCCGCCGCCUCGCGCGCGAGACCCUCGCGCUAAACGCCAAACCCGUCAUCGUCGUGCUCGCAGGAAACCAUCGUUCAGGCGCGCGCGCCACAGCCGCGGCUCGCCAUCUCCAUGCCCGCGGCCCGCGCGUCAUGGUCUGCGUCCUCGGCUACGAGCGCCAGGCGGACUGGGACAAGGAUCUGCGGCGGCAGGUCGCCUUGUUCAGGGCGAUGGGCGGGCUGGUCAAGGGGUGGGAGACGGUCAAAUCGGCGUUGCGAAAACUGGACGCGCCGCCCGAACUCAUCGUCGAUGCGCUGUUGGGCCGCGGGAGGGAGUUUGAGGCCUUGGGAGCGGAGGACAGGGCCACGACGAUGGAGUGUGUAGGCUGGGCGAACAAGAGCCGCGCGCAGGUGCUCGCGGUCGAGGGGCCGAGCGGCGUCAAUGGCAGUACGGGCGAGGUGGGGAUUCUUGAGGGCGAGCCGUUUGAGAUUCGCGCGAACCAUGUCGUGAGUUUGGGUGCGCCGAGGGUGGGGUUGCUGAGGGCGCUCGAGAAGGGGCAUGGCCUCGGUGACCCCCUUUGGCAUAUUUGGGUCGUGGACAUUGGGAUCAAUAGGCCGUGGAGGACGCAUGGGCCGAGUCCGGGGGGCUUAGCGGGGCUGGAUGCGAAGAAGGGGAGAGGGAUCAGGUUUGGGAGCGAGUGGGUUGUGGGGGUGAGGUUUGAGAAGGGGGACGGGUUGGGAUGA